UAGCAUCCGGGUCCCCCGCUGAGGCGAGCGGCGCGCACUGGAGGAGGCCGCUUCCCCGCCGCCGUUUCUCUCCCAGGCUGCGGCCCCCUCUCUCCGACCGGCGCCAUGGCGAUGCAAGCGGCCAAGCGAGCCAACAUUCGGCUGCCUCCGGAGGUCAAUCGGAUCCUGUAUAUUAGGAACCUGCCAUAUAAAAUCACAGCGGAGGAAAUGUAUGAUAUUUUUGGGAAGUACGGGCCUAUUCGACAAAUCAGAGUUGGGAACACUCCUGAAACCAGAGGAACAGCCUAUGUAGUCUAUGAAGACAUCUUUGAUGCCAAAAACGCUUGUGAUCACCUGUCAGGAUUCAACGUGUGCAACAGAUACCUCGUCGUUUUGUACUAUAAUGCAAACAGGGCAUUCCAAAAGAUGGACACAAAGAAGAAAGAGGAACAGCUUAAGCUUCUCAAGGAAAAAUAUGGAAUUAAUACAGACCCACCAAAAUAAACUCAUCUUUUUGGAAAACUGUUUUCAAGCCCUGCUGCCGAGUUCUUAAACUAAACAUAGGAAUUCUCAAUGAAGUAUAAUUUUUUUUUUUUAAAUUUGAUACGCUGUAAUUUGACUCUUUAGAUCUUCGCAUUAGAAUGAAAUAAAUGUAAAAGAUUGGAGGACGUGCUUUAAGAUUAAAUCCCCCUAAGUGGCCGUGGCUUCUUCGUGUUGUAAGAGCGACCUGGUGGAUGCUGCACAACCACUGUCCUGGUUCUAGCAGGACCUCGCAAGGUGGGACCCAGCACCUUGAGCGUUCCACGCCUCCCGACGCCGUGCCCAGUCUCCAGGCAGAUGCGAAGCGUGGCAGCCGGUUAAUACCGGGGGCUCUGUGUGCGCUGCCUGCGUGGGGGUUUACUGCGCUCCGUGCUACUUUCUGAAAAUGGAUUAUUGCAACUAGUCUCCCUGCCACCGGGAUGUUUGUGCUUUUUAAAAAAUAUAUUAGUAGGGUUUGAUAGCUCCUCGCACCGCUGUAUACUGUACGCAGUUUAUUGCGCCUUUCUCCCUCUGGGAACGUUUGAAGGAGCCUAACUCCAUUCCUUGAACAUUAGGCUACUUCUUACUAGAAACAAAGCAAGCCCAAAUCCGUGUUUAUAA